AUGUUCCACAAGCUGAGCACCGUGGCGUUCAUCGUCUGCUUCUCGCUCCUGCAGUUCUUCUUCAACUUUGGCGCGAACGCGACGACGUACAUCUACCCCGCCGAGGUCUUCCCGACCAAGUUCAAGGCGACCGCGCACGGCAUGUCCGCCGCGUGCGGCAAGGCGGGCGCCAUCAUCUCGGCGCUCGCGUUCAACCAGCUCACGAACAGCAUCGGCACGCCGAACGUCCUCUGGAUCUUCUUCGGGUGCUGCAUCGCCGGCGCCGUCUGCACGCAGCUCCUGCCCGAGAGCAAGGGCCGCGACCCCGAUCUCUUGUACGCGGAGGAGCUCGAGGAGAGUCGCCGCCUCCAUGGAAACGUCCGGCACUAA